AUGGCGGCUGUUCAUCGCCUGGUUAUCGUCCGCCACGGGGAGAGUGCCUGGAACCAGGAGAAUCGCUUCUGUGGCUGGUUCGACGCUGACCUCAGCGAGAAAGGCGUGGAAGAGGCUACGCGAGGAGCAAAGGCCAUCAAAGAUGCGGGCAUGAAGUUCGACAUCUGCUACACCUCUGUGCUCAAACGUGCCGUCAAGACCUUGUGGACAAUCAUGGAGGGCACGGACCAGAUGUGGCUGCCCGUGAUCCGUACGUGGCGCCUCAAUGAGCGCCACUACGGAGGCCUCACUGGUCUCAACAAGGCCGAGACGGCCGCCAAGCACGGUGAGGAGCAGGUGAAAAUCUGGCGUCGUUCCUUUGACAUCCCACCUCCACCCAUGGACAAGGACCACCCUUACCACUCCAUCAUCAGUGAGUCCAGACGCUACAAGAACCUGAAGCCCGGUGAGCUGCCUACCUGUGAGUCACUGAAGGACACCAUUGCCCGUGCCCUGCCUUUCUGGAAUGAUGUAAUCGCGCCUGAAAUCAAAGGCGGAAAAAAUGUUAUCAUCGCCGCCCAUGGCAACAGCCUCCGUGGAGUCGUCAAGCACCUUGAAGGCAUGUCCGACGCCGCCAUCAUGGAACUGAACCUGCCCACGGGAAUUCCCAUCGUCUACGAGUUGGAUGCAAACCUGAAGCCCCUGAAGCCCAUGUCCUUCCUGGGUGACGAGGAGACCGUGAAGAAGGCCAUGGAGGCUGUGGCUGCCCAGGGCAAAGUCAAGAAGUGAGCUCUUGCUGAGAGGCAGAUAAAAGACACUGUGUCCUUACCUCCCAUCCAAACAAAUCCAUCUUUGUAGUCCAUUCCAAGUUCCAACAGGGGUACACUUGGGUCUUGCUAGCCUGCUGUUUGCUCCAAAGGAUGACCUGUCAACUAAAACCAACAGGGCCACACAAUACACAUCCAGAUCAACAUGUAAACAUCCUUCAGUUGUUUUAAGUUGUGGCCAAACCCACUUCCUGUGAGUCCCACCACCCUGACACCACCAAUAAAGAAAGCAUGUUUUAUAUAA